UGGACCCGGGCAGCGGCGGCGGCGGCAGCGGCAGCAGCGACUCGGCGCCCGACUGCUGGGACCAGGCGGAGCCGGAGGCGCCCGGCGCGGGCCCGGCGGCGCCCGAGGCCCCGCGGGAGCCCCUGAGCGCGGCCUUCGGCCGGCAGCUCAACGUCAACGCCAAGCCCUUCGUGCCCAACGUCCACGCCGCCGAGUUCGUGCCCGCCUUCCUGCGCGGCCCGGGCCCCGCGCCCCCGCCCGCCGCCGACCCCCAGCACGGAGCCGGCGGCGGCGGCGAGGGGGGCCCCGCGGCGCCCGGGGAUCCUUCUCAGGAGGAGCCAUCGUCGUGUGAAGGUUCGAACUCAGCUGUUAGCAUGGAACUUUCAGAACCUGUUGAAAACGGAGAGACAGAAAUGUCCCCAGAAGAAUCCUGGGAGCACAAGGAAGAGCUCAGCAUGGAGCCCCGGAGCGGGGGAUCCUCCGGAGACGCGCGGCCGGCCGAGGAGAGCGCCCAGGAGAUGAUGGAGGAGGAGGAGGAGAUCCCCAAGCCAAAAUCGGUGCUCGCGCCUCCGGGGGCCCCGAAGAAAGAGCAUGUGAACGUGGUCUUCAUCGGGCAUGUUGAUGCUGGCAAGUCCACCAUCGGAGGGCAGAUAAUGUAUUUGACUGGAAUGGUGGAUAAAAGGACACUUGAGAAAUAUGAACGAGAAGCUAAAGAGAAGAACAGAGAGACUUGGUACUUGUCUUGGGCCUUAGACACAAAUCAGGAAGAAAGAGACAAGGGCAAAACAGUAGAAGUUGGUCGUGCCUAUUUUGAAACAGAAAAGAAGCAUUUCACAAUUCUGGAUGCCCCUGGCCACAAGAGUUUUGUCCCGAAUAUGAUCGGUGGUGCGUCCCAAGCUGAUCUGGCUGUCCUGGUGAUUUCUGCCAGGAAAGGGGAGUUUGAAACCGGAUUCGAGAAAGGGGGCCAGACCAGAGAACACGCGAUGCUGGCGAAGACGGCGGGCGUGAAGCACCUGAUCGUGCUCAUCAAUAAGAUGGACGACCCCACCGUGAACUGGAGCAAUGAGAGAUACGAAGAAUGUAAAGAGAAGCUAGUGCCAUUUUUGAAAAAAGUCGGCUUCAACCCCAAAAAGGACAUCCACUUCAUGCCUUGCUCGGGUCUGACGGGCGCGAACCUCAAGGAGCAGUCCGAUUUCUGUCCCUGGUACAGUGGAUUACCAUUUAUUCCGUAUCUGGAUAACUUGCCAAACUUCAAUAGAUCCGUCGAUGGACCAAUCAGGCUGCCAAUUGUGGAUAAGUACAAGGACAUGGGCACGGUGGUCCUGGGGAAGCUCGAGUCGGGAUCCAUCAGUAAGGGCCAGCAGCUUGUGAUGAUGCCCAACAAGCACAACGUGGAAGUCCUUGGAAUUCUUUCUGAUGACGUGGAAACCGAUUCCGUAGCCCCUGGUGAAAACCUCAAAAUCAGACUGAAAGGAAUUGAAGAAGAGGAGAUUCUUCCCGGAUUCAUCCUUUGUGAUCCUAAUAAUCUGUGUCACUCUGGACGCACGUUUGAUGCACAGAUCGUGAUCAUAGAGCACAAGUCCAUCAUCUGCCCCGGCUACAACGCGGUGCUGCACAUCCACACCUGCAUCGAGGAAGUCGAGAUCACAGCCUUAAUCUGCUUGGUAGACAAAAAGUCCGGAGAGAAGAGCAAGACCCGACCCCGUUUCGUCAAGCAAGAUCAAGUGUGCAUUGCGCGCCUGAGGACGGCUGGGACCAUCUGCCUUGAGACCUUCAAGGACUUCCCUCAGAUGGGUCGCUUCACCUUAAGAGACGAGGGUAAGACUAUUGCGAUUGGAAAAGUUCUGAAACUGGUUCCAGAGAAAGACUAAAGCAUUUUCUCGAUGACCCUGCACAAUGCUGUGAGGAAAAGUGACUGCAGAAGCCGACUUCACACCGCCUUCUCUUCCUUUCUGCCCGUUGACCAGCCUCUCCCCAUACUUCGCAAAGAGAAAAUUCACAGCAAAAGUCCACAUUAUGUCAGCUUUCUCAUAUUGAGAGCUCUGCUAUGCCACUGUUGAAUUUCUCCCGGAUUUUUUUUUCUUUUUUUUUUUUCUUUUCCUCUCCUCAAACUCCGCUUCCUUGGACAGAUUUGGCAAUAGCUUUGUAAGUGAUGUGGACGUAGUUGCCGACAAUAAUGAAACCCUACAGGAAUUUUUUAUUUUCCAUUUCCCGUCUAGGCAUCCUUCGUCUCUUUUCCCCAGGGGGAUCAUUCGGACCGUGCGUGCGUGUGCACACGUUUCAGAGACAACCACCAUGUUAAUAAAAUAUUCGAUUUGAAACCUUU